AUCCCCGCGGCGCGGCUGUCACGUGAGGCAGGUGGCGUGCGUGCUUCCGGGGCCGCGCGGGGCGGCGCGCAGGGUAGGGCAGGGGUUCAGGGCCGCGUCCGCUGUGGUGAGGCCUGGCCCGUCCGGUCCGACUUCCGCCAGAGUCAACACAGCCAAGAUUUUCAACUGGAUUGGAUUUGUAUGUUAGCAGAAUGUUUUAUUAUGUUCCGUUGUUGGGGAUUGCUUGUGGCUGGUGAUGGGUGAGCCUGAAAACCCACAGCUUGACUUGCACAUCUCAUGCUGCUCUUUAGCCUGCUGUCCAGAAGACAAGAGGUUCUGGCUGAUCAGGAGUAACUAUUAGCAGUUCAAGUUGGCUGGAGGAUGGAAGGUGUUGAGUUUAAGGAAGAAUGGCAAGAUGAAGAUUUUCCAAGGCCCCUCCCAGAGGAUGAUCCCGUUGACUCAGAUAUACUGGCUGCAGCUGGAACAGAAGGUGAAACUGCAGUUAAUGGAACCAAAGCAAGGAAGAAACUUACAGCUCCAGAUAUUAGCUUAACUUUAGAUCGCAGCGAGGAAUCUGUUUUGUCUGACUUGGAUGAGAGCGGAGACAUUGAUUUGGAUGACAUAGAUACUCCUUCUGAGAAUAGCAAUGAGUUUGAAUGGGAAGAUGAUCUUCCAAAGCCAAAAACUACUGAUGUAAUUAGAAAAGGAUCGCUUACUGAAUAUACAGCGGCAGAGGAGAAGGAGGAUGGUCGACGUUGGCGUAUGUUUAGGAUUGGAGAACAGGACCAUAGGGUGGACAUGAAGGCAAUCGAACCGUAUAAAAAAGUUAUCAGUCAUGGUGGUUAUUAUGGUGAUGGGUUAAAUGCCAUUGUUGUGUUUGCGGUUUGUUUUAUGCCUGAAAGCAGCCAGCCUAACUAUAGAUACCUAAUGGACAAUCUAUUUAAGUAUGUAAUUGGCACUUUAGAGCUACUAGUAGCAGAGAAUUAUAUGAUAGUUUACCUGAAUGGUGCGACAACACGGAGAAAAAUGCCUAGCAUAGGCUGGCUUAGGAAGUGUUACCAGCAAAUUGACAGAAGGCUAAGGAAGAAUCUGAAGUCGUUAAUCAUAGUUCAUCCUUCUUGGUUCAUCAGAACACUUCUGGCCAUCACAAAACCUUUUAUUAGCUCAAAAUUCAGCCAGAAAAUUAGGUAUGUCUUUACCCUGGCAGAACUAGCUGAACUCAUCCCCAUGGAAUACGUUGGCAUCCCAGAAUGCAUAAAACAGUAUGAAGAAGAAAAGUUUAGAAAGAAACAAACCAGAGUUGACCAAGAGCUGAAUGGAAAACAAGAGCAAAAAAGUGAACAGUAAGUUGGGAGUCCAAACAAGACUGAAGAAUAUACAGAUGGAUUUAUGCUAUUUUCUCCAUUUAUGAUGCAUUCAUGUGUGUAUAUAUUACAUACCUUGUUGGAAGAGGUGCUUAACUGUAGACUAGCACACAAUGGACUCUUUGCUGCUGUAUUGGUUAGUCGUGAUCUGAGUAGCGACCUUUGUGUAAUCUUUUUAUACAGCUAAAUGUCAAAGAACUCCAUGUUUAGAGGAUGUUCUUAGAAUUGUUUAUCUAAAUGAUGCAUGUUCUUCAGUAAAAUAUUUAUAUAUCUAAAUGCUAAAGGAAAGAUAAUAUAUAUUUUUAUGACUUCGAGCAAUACAUUGUGUACCUGCUGAAGGAAUUCAUUUGCAGGUAGGCAAGGCCAUAAACUAAUUGUUAUUGUAUAAAGUGCAUGAUCUGUUUUUGCUGUAAAUGGUCAAGUGCAUUUCUUGGUUGUCAUAGAAACCUUAAUUUGUUUGGAUAUUAACGAUCACAUAACGUAGUCUAUUAUAUGUGUGGAGAUGCUUAUUUCUGUUCACAUCUAAUACAAGCAGUACUCAUUUACCUCACUAGAGCGAGCUUGAGCUUUGUCUUUUAGUCCACUUCUCAGAACACAGAUCUGGAAUUCGCUGAACUGCAGUUUGUUGGCCAAAGGGUUUAAUCCUAAGCUGCAAUGGAAACUGAACAGUGUGAAUGACUGAUGAGAUAUCAGACCUGUAUAAAUUUAAGCUGGAAAUUUUAGAUUCUGCUUCAGUAAAUCAAGGCUAGUUCAGCUACCAGGAUGAAAUGAGUUUGUUCUAAUUUUUUCGUGAAUGAAUAUCAAUUACCACCAAUAGAAAUUCUGGUUAUUUUCAGUAGAGCUUUGGGAGUAGCGUGGAUAUCUUAGCCAUAAUGUCACUUGUUUGCAGACAGUGGGGGAGUCUUACUAUAACUGUGUCAUCCUUGUAGAUGAGCAUCCAUUCCUAAAGCUCUUGGCUUGGCACCUGAUAGUAGCGUGAACUUAACCAAAAAACAAUGUAAACGGUUUCCACCUCACCCCAUAACAGUAGUAAAGUCUUUAUAAAAAGUGUUCUUGGAUUCAUAGCUAGUGUUAAAGGUUUACCAGGGCAACAAUUAGUCACUGAUUGAUAGGCUGUAAGAGUUUGUGAAGUGUCCUGAGCAUUGCUAUUUCUGUGUAAGGACAGAUGCGUGCAAAUGAAUCCAUUCAGGAGCUGAGCAACUUAAUGUUUUAGCAGAUAUUCAAUCUUCAGGUUUUUUGGUAUGCUCACAAUUUUGUCUUAAAAAAUGUCUAUUUUAUUUAGUUAUACAGUUCUCUUGAACUUUAAAAAAUGCAUUCAACUAGAUUAAUACCUGGCAGGGAUUAGUAGCAGUCAAGAUAGUUCCAUAGUCAAGAUUUAGUAAUGACCACUUCAGGUAGCAUCUCUAAUGAUACACGUAACAGAAUGAAAACAGAUAUUCAUGUCAGAUAAGGACAGACUGCCCAAAUCUCUGAAUUGUCUGCAAUUCAGAGACUUUCAUCUCAUGGUCUAGGUACUUAGGCUAGCUUCUGUAUCAUGGUUUCAGAGAGAUUAAUAUGUAGGAUGUUCUCUUUCAGGAGGUAAUGUUGAUUUCAAGUUGCCUUGAAUCUAUUGCAUCAUGUUUGGAUCUUGCUUUGAAAGCAGAACGCAAAUGUGAUCACUUCAUUUUAAGGCUUUUUUCCUAUUUCAAUUUUGAUGUUGACCUAGAUUAAAGUUAGUAAAUCGGACAUUUUUACAACUUGUUUAAUUCUAAUGCUUCCACAAUGCAGCACAUAUGAACAUGCAAACCUGGAAACCGUACUGAUCUUUACUGAUUCUGUGUGGGUCCUAGGGUAGAUGCUAAGCAUUCCAAUCCAAUCAUCUUGUUUCAAAUUCUUCCUAGCUCAAAAAAAUAUUCUUCUCAGCAAACUCAUGUUCAUAAUGGAAUGAUUGGACUUCACUGAGUAUCUGUCCUGUUCCUUCCUGUGUAUAUAGUGUCCUGUAGAAUAGACAGUCCUCUGUAUAGGGUGAAUUCUCAAAUGAUGAGAUUAUUGGUUUUGUUUUUCCUGGUGGCUGAGUGGUUCUGCAGUUCAUGUUGCAGUAGUACUAUUUCUUUUGGAAAUACCUAAAAGUUUAUUUCUUUAGUAUUAGUUUUUGUGAAUGAAUACACUGUAAAACAGUUGUUCUGUCCCCCCCACAGCAUGAGAAUCUUUUGUACUAAAGGAUGAUUCUCCUCUGACCUUUUCCACCUCAUCAUUUAAUGAUGAGGGGAUGUUUACAAAAAGCAGAGGUCCCAAAGUUAUCUUGAGCUCCAAUUAACUUGUCAGCCAUGUAUUUUUAAAUAUAUAGAAUAAUUUAAUAUAUUUUAAUAUUUAAAAACAUAAGAGUUAGAAUGUCAUACUUCAAUAAAGUUAUUUCAUUCUGAAUUGCUUUGUGAAAAGUAACAGUAUUACAGGGGCUUCACCUUAGGCACUUCUUCCUAGAGGUAAAAUUUGUGUUGCUAGAAUAUGAUUUGAGCUCUGUUAAUGUAAAUUGGAGUCACUAAUUCACCUUCAAUUUGGAGGUUUCAUGAGUUUGUGUGUGUGUGUGUGUGUGUGUGUGUGUGUGUAUAUUUGUGCUAAUGAGUAACUUGUUAUUACUGUGUGACACUGAAAUGGAGUUGUUUGAGAUGGUGGUCUCUGUAUGUGUGGAUAUGAGGUUUUAUAAAAUGAAUUACACAACAGGAGAAAUAUUCAGAAGUGACAAAGGUAUUUUGGAGAACGUGUCGUUUAAAAACUGAUGUGGGUAGACUCUGGAUGGUAUAAAUACUCUUGAUGGUUUUAUGUAGUAUGGUAAAGCAGUGUUCUACUGGAAAGUAACAGAGAGGGAUGCACAGAAAUUUAGUGCUGAAUCAUACAGAAAUCUUUUGAAGUUUUGGAAUUUUAAAAUGCACAUUCUCGAUUCAGUUUAGAAUUUUCAGUUCUAUAAAGCUUAGAGCUGGUUAGAGUAAUUUGUAACCUUCUUUGUAACUUUAUGUAGCUUAGCAUAUUUCUUCUUCAUUUCCAAAGAACAAGUGAAGAAGAGUACUUACUGCUGUUACGAACUGUGCAUUGAAAUCAGUAGUUGUAUUCCAAAUUGCACACAACUAGUCUACAGCUGGGUUAACGUGUUUUGGCAAGUUUAUUGCUUCACACACUUUAAUGCUCUAAUGGCAGAUUAGAAUGUUUCGAAAGUAAAUUUGUGUCAGACUUCAAAGUUAGAUGAAACGUUGGUGGUAAUGGGAUCGUACGAAAUGACCUCACAGUGCAUCAAAAGGAGGAGAGGGCAUCCAGCCUCACCAGUGUCUUAUACUGGAAAAUCUAGUAACUGGGAGGAAGAAAAUAAUGGAACUAAAUCAUGAAUAGAUCGUUUCUAAACUAAAUCUGUCACGAGCAGUAAGAUUCUUGGUGAAAGGUGUGUUUCAGUGUCAGACUUUAUUUGUGUAUCUUGCAGAUUUAUACUGUAUUUAUUAUGUAGAAAGAUGGCUUAAGUGCAUCUCUUACGCAGGCUGUUGUUGCUGAAGGUGAUGCUCAUUCUCGAGUCAUUCUAGUCUCCCUCAGAUGCCUCAUGUGAGGAAGGAGGGGGAAGGGAUAAUAGCUUGUGUGCUUUCUGUAACCACAGAAGUCUUAGAAGGAUUGGUGAAAAUAUGUAUUCAGUCCUUGUGGAUGCAGGUCAUUCUCGAGAGGAUUUUAUUUUUCAUUCUGGUUGUUAAGUGUGCUUUAAUGAUUCUUCUCAAGGAUAUCUGAUUUGAGUCAGAAUAGCACUUUGAUAUAUAAGGAAUAUUUAAAUACAUUUUGAAAGAUGCAUUUUGCAGCUUUCCUAGCAUGAGAAUUUUAAGUUGAGCUACACUUUCUUCUGUCACUUCUUGUUCUCUAUAUUGAGGUAACAGGAAGGAGGGUAGUUGAGAAGUAAAGAGCGCAGUUCUGUUACAGUGUUUUCGUCAUUCCAUUCAAGCAUGACUAAAACGAACUAAAAAGCUUUAAUUUUGUUAAACUAUUUCAGAUCACUUUUGUGAUUCAGACUGUCCAGAUAAUUUGUUUUAACCAUCUUGAUUUUUUUUUUUGUAAUUAAAUGAUCUGAAGAACAACUGGCUUUCUCAAAUCAAAAAAAAAAAAAAAGGGAAGUCUUUACCUUACCAUGGUCCUUCCUCUGGCUUACUCAGGGCUGGCUAUUACUUGUGACACAGAGUUCCAAGUUGACAGUUAAAAUUUGUUCACGGAAGAUAAAUGCUUGAUUUCCCAGUGGCUCUGUAGUUCUGCAUUGCUUCUUACUCAGCACCUGAACAAAGCCUGCUUAGGAGAGUGGAAAAGGCCCUUCAGAGGGCUGAAACAUCUACAAAUGCAACCAUCAGUCUGUACAAUGUGGCAAACCUGCAGUUUUUAACUAAAUGGAGCUGUAGCAGUCAUGCCAAACCAUGGUUUAUAAAUCAUGAUAUAACCAGCUUAAAUAACUGACUACGAGUAGUCAUUGCAGAGAUGAUUGUAUUUUCUUUUGUCCCUUUUGUAUCAAGCUGUGUAAGUACAAGGCUCUUCACCUACCUCUUAUAUUAUUAUGUCUUUUCUGUUUACUUUCCAAGAUGUCAUAGAGUAAUGUGAUAAACAUGUCUGAAUGUGCCAGCUGUGCACACUUAUUGGAAACUUUCUAAUUAGGAAAAAGCAAAUGCUAAAUGCAAUAAAUAUUUUUGAAAGAGG